CCUUCUUGUAGACAGCCUCAGUGUUCUUUGACCAGUCCAGUUUAUUGUGCUUAAUCUCAAUACAUAAAUUAAUUAAUUUUGAAAACACAAGAUUUCCUGCAGUGCUGGAAAUCCAAGGCAGCGAGCAGCGCACCCAAAAUGCUGCAGGAACUCGGCAGGUCAGGGAGCAAGUACGGAGAGGAACACGCAGUUGACAUUACGGCCAAAACGUCGGCUCUUAAUCCCUUUCCAUAGUUGCUGCCUGACCUGCUGUGGCUCUGCAUUUUUUUUGUAUUUUGCAGCCGACAAAGACGCUCCAAUGCGGCAACUGUAACCACCCCUGCAAAUCUGAGCAGCAGCCAAAUACUGCAACACGAUUGGUUGUCUGAGAGAUGAAGGUCCAGCCCAUGUGACCCCAUCCCCGCCGCUUUGAUUUUAUCGUCUGCCAGGAGCGCAAGGGGGUUAAAGAGGAAUUUCAGACACAAUACUCCGAUUUCAAACUUGGGACAAUAGGAAAAAGCGUGUUCAGAAAUGUAAUUACUAAGUAUAAAAUGUCAGCGUUAUUCCUUUUGCGAAUUGGGGGGGGGACAAUGGAAAAAUAGUUAAUUUUAGUUCUGACAAAUUGUUCCAGGCGCUAUCAGAAAAGGUGUAAGUCCACCCUCGUUGUGUAUGACAUUGUGUCGGGCAGUUCGCUUAUUUCUAGACAAUAAUAUCCACGCGUAUGGAAAGUAAGGACGGGGACAGACAGAUUUUCACGCUUCAGUGAUUUGAAGGCUGGAAAUGGACAGACCGAUUGUGGCGGCGGAUCAGUUAUUUCACGUUUUCACUUCUGGUGUACCACAUGAAAUAACACCAAGAUCUUUCUGGGGGGGUGGGGGGAGAUGUUUAAAAUCUGUAGAUGUGCCUCAGAUAAUUUCGUUCCCCCGCCUGUUAAAAGUCAGCCCUUCGCGUAUUAAACAUUAACAGAAAUGCGUACAUUUUCUGCUGAAGUCAGGCACGACGUGAUUUGGUUGCAAGGAGGGACGGUAAGCCUCGGAGGGUCGUAACAAGGGAGGGGCCGAAUGGGGUGCUGGGCGCUGCGGAUUCGCUGUGUCCGCUCACAUGCCGGGUACUAAAGACGGCUUUGCAGAGGCUCCUUUGUUCAUUCGACGCAGGGCGAGAGUCCGCAGCCUGAUCCCCGAGAUGAGCUACACCGCCGACUUUUACCAUGGACCCUACCGUAAGGGUUUCGGGGACUGCCUGCGGUUGUCCAGUCGGUUGACAUCCAGCAGCCCGUCCCGAAGCUCGGUGACGAAGGUGUCCGUGUCGAGGAGCCUCUCCCCCUUCUCUUACAAGAGAGCUAGCCGCUACCCUUCUUCCCCCGACUCGUUCGACCUGUCCCAAUGCACGGCGGUCAACAACGAGUUCAAGAUCAUCAGGACCAACGAGAAGGAGCAGCUCCAGGGGUUGAACGACCGCUUCGUCACCUACAUCGACAAGGUGCACCAGCUGGAGCAGCAGAACAAGGUGCUGGAGGCUGAGGUGGCGGGGCUGCGGCAGAAGCAAGCCGAGCCAUCCCGCCUGAACCAGGUCUACGAGCAGGAGAUCCGCGACCUGCGCACCCGGGUGGAGGAGCUGAGCCACGAACGGAGCCAGCUGCGGCUCGAGUGCGAGCAGCUGGCCAGCUGCCUCGACAAGCUGAGGGACAAGUACGACGAAGAGCUCCAGCUGCGGAAGCAAGCCGAGGCCACGCUGAAGGCGCACAGGAAGGACCUGGGCGACGCCACCUUGGCCAGGCUGGAGCAGGAGAAGAAGAUCGAGUCCCUCCUGGAUGAGAUAGCGUUCAUGAAGAAAAUCCACCAGGAGGAUGUGGCCGACUUACAAGCCGCCCUGCAGGCCAGCCAGGUGUCAGUGGAGGUCGACGUGAGCAAGCCGGAUCUGACGGCCGCUCUGAAGGAAAUCAGAUCCCAGUAUGAGAUGAUAGCAUUAAAGAACCAGCAAACGGCGGAAGAGUGGUACAAGUCAAAGUUCGCCAACUUCACGGAGAACGCAGCGCGUGGCAACGAGGCUGCCCGGGCAGCCAAGGAGGAGAUUUCAGAGUACCGGCGCCAGCUGCAGUCGAGAAACAUUGAAAUUGAAGCUGUCAAAAGCACCAAUGAAUCUCUAGAGAAGCAAAUGCAGGAGAUGGAGGAGAGACACAACGAGGAGAUCAAUAACAUGCAGGAGACCAUCAAUCAACUUGAAAAUGCUUUGCAAUCCACUAAGAGUGAAAUGUCUCAGCAUCUGAGAGAGUACCAAGAUUUGCUCAACGUCAAAAUGGCCCUGGACAUCGAAAUAGCUGCAUAUAGGAAACUGCUGGAGGGAGAGGAGACUCGGCUGAACACAGUAGGUGGCGGUUCUCCCGCGUUCAUGAUCCCUACCUUUACCUCCAUCUUCUCUGAGACAAAGACCUUCACUGCUGGCGGUGGCUUCCGGAGAAGCGCAGGAGCGGACGGCAUGGAGAAAGCACGGGCCGCAGAGAGGGACAAGACUGCCGAGGAUGAGAAGGCAGGAAAAAUGCAGAGCAAGAAUUAAUGGUGCCCGUUCUUCAACCAGCUGUUCCCUUCCAACCUCUUCACACCUCUCUCCUCACCUCACCUCACCCCAGAUCAAGAACAAGUACAUAGUUUCUAGCGAACAGAAAGGAUAUUUUGCAGUCUGCUUACAGGAGACAGUCAGGAUUAUUACAACACGAUCCUCCUAUUAUAUUCUAUCUAUAAAGCUCAGCAUAUACAAAGGUAUAGUUAGCUCUAAUUAAUUGAAAUUAUUUUAUAUUUGUUCUGGUUAACUCUCAAAUCAGAUGUAUUCUUGUUUUUAGAUUAUUAUAUAUUUAUAAUUUUAUCAUCAACAAUAAUAUCCUGAAGGUUAUUGUCAAUGCUUGGAACUACAGUAUCCUUGAUCCUUAAUUUAUUACAGACAGUACUUACAAUAAGAUUUUAUGUGAAUAUUUUAAAAACAUGGAUUAGUAUUUAGAAAAGAGCCGCAUUGGAAGGGAAUGUAAUCUUCCUUUUCCUGUUCCCAUUUCCUCCCUCAGGUCAUUCACUCAUUCCCACAGCACAAUGUUUGCCUUAAGUACAGAAUUCUCAUGGCACUUCACAGAGUUGUCAUCAGACGCUGUUGCCUGUGGCUUAGACUCGCGGGUGUGUUUAGGAAUUUAGACCUGACAGCUUUGGGAAGGGCAUUUUAAAUUGAUGCAUAUUACAUGCAUGUUCACCGUCAAUGUGCAAUUGGGCAGGCCUUUGAAUCCAGCCCUGUCCCUACACCAUGUGCAGCUGUGCCUAGGCCUUUUCUGCAAUCUGUUGUCAAACCGCCCAUCGUGAGCACAGCCCAACCUGGAUUUGUAUUAAAUCCGAUCAUUUCCAGUUGAUCGCAUACCUUCAGACAAGCUGCAGGCGGCUGAGCUGUGAUGGAGAUGCACUGGCCAUUGGAGGACUGAGGACAUAAUCUUGCAUGCUUCCGUGUUAAACCCGAUUAUCUAAUCAGAGUAUUGUCGUCCGUCAUGUUUGAAAUGCAACCGAUGUUCUCUAACGCACAAAAAAUGCCAGAAGAACUGAGCAGGUCAGGCAACAUCCAUCUCCUUCUCUUUCGCCCAUGGUCCACUGUCCACUGUCCUCUCCCAUCAGAUUUCUUUCCUCAGCCUUUUACCUCUUCCACCUAUCCCAUUUUAGUUUCUCACUUCACCCACCCAGUCCCUCCCCUGGGCUCACCUAUCACCUAACAGUUUCUACUCCUCCCCUUCCCCCAGCUCCUUCUUCAGUCUUCUUCUUCCCCUACCUCUCCAGUCCUGAUGAACUGUGGCCCAAAACAUGUUUAAACAUGUUUAUUCGCCGCCUGACUUGCUGACUUCCUCCAGUGCUUUUUGUGUGUUGCUCAGGAUUUCCUGCAACUGCAGAUUCUCUCGUGACUCUCAAAUGUUCUUGGAUGACAUCUUCCAUUUGCAUAGCAGCUUCAACAUGAAUGGGCAUCAGACGUCACUGUGAAUCAACAAAAAGCCAAUGUUGAGCCACACAAAGAGAUAGUAAUAGGGAAAAAUUACUAAAAGUCAAGUCACCGUGCGGGUAGUGGUUACUGCCUGUUAUGUCAUUGGUAUUUAGGGCAGCAUGAAGCUCCAAGGAACUUCCAUUGCUAUUUCCAUAACAAUUUGUUUUUGCCAGUCAGGGACAAACUCCUGAGCUGAACCUCCAAACCUGGAGGAUUGGUGGGCUUCUCUCAGUCUGGCCUCUAUCCUUUGACCUGUUUGACAUGGGUGACUUUACCAAGAGCUCUGACUCCAACCAACAUAGACCUCCAUGUCAUUAGGACACACAAGCCUCCAAACCCCUUGACAAAGUUGUGGUCCUCUUGGAGAUAGAUUGAUCUCAGAGUGGGAUAAAAGGUCAGCACGUGGUGGAACUCUGGUCCGAUGUCCGGCAACAAAAAGAGGUGGGGGUUGGGCAAAGGAUUAGCAAACCCACCCCAUAAAAACCCAGAGCUACAGAAACGCCAACAGAAGCUCCAAAGAUCUCGUCCCUGGGAGAGGAAGGAUCUUCACCUAGAAGAUGUAUCGAUGAGCUACACCCAGACAUAGAAGACUGGCCCAGGAUAGAGGAAUCUGGCAAGCUGCUGUCAGCACCCUGUGUCCCGGCAGUGGUGACAAGAACAACGUAGGGGCCAAGGACAGAGCUGGCACUGGUUUAUUAUUGUCACACGUACUGAGGUACAGUGGGAAAACUUUUGUUGGUGUGCCAUCCAGACAACACCUCACACAUCAUACAUCAAGGUCACACAGAGGAAAACAGAGUGCAGAAUAUGACAUUACAGAGAAAUUCUAGCGAGGUAGAUUGGAAGUUCAGAGUUCUUUUUAUUCUUCGUGGAUACAGAGUUCAUCCAGGAGUCUGGUAACAGCAGGAUAGAAAGCUUAAACGCGAGGAAGUCUGCGGAUGCUGGAAAUCCAAAGCCACACACGCACAGAAUGCUGGAGGAACUCAGCAGGUCAGGCAGCAUCUAGGGAGAGGAAUAAACAGUCGAUGUUUCAGGCUGAGGGCCUUCAUCAGGACUGGAAAGGAAGUGGGAAGAUGUCAGAAUUAAAAGGUGGGGGGAGAGGAAGGAGGAUAGUGAGAAGGUGAUAGGUGAAGCAGGUGGGUUAGAAAGAUAAAAGGUUGGAGAAGAAGGAAUCUAAUCGGAGAGGAGAGUGGACCGUGGGAGAAAGGGAGGGAGAAGGGGACCCAGAGCCAGGUUGGAAAGAUAAAGCUUUCCUUCAACCUGGUAGUAUGUGCUCCUAAGCAGAGGCUUUUGUCUGUGCUUUCAGGCAUUUUUUAUCUUCGGAAUGACGGAGGAGAAAAUGACUGGCAUGAGAGGGGUCCUUAUCUGCUUUACUGAUGCACAGGAAGUGCAGUCAGAGUCAAUGGAGAGGAGUCUGGUUUCCAUGGUGAACUGGGCUGUCUUCACAACUCUGGAAUAGAAUAAAACUUUAUUGCCUUUGCUCAAGACGCAAUUGCGGAGCUCGGACUGGAGAGCUGUAAGACUGUACGUGCCGCCAUCUUGAAUGCACUCUGCAAUUUCUUGUGGUCUUGCACAUAGCAACAGCCAUCUUAAGCUGUGAUGCAUCUGCAUGGAAUGUUUCUUCGUCGUGCGUCUGUUAAAAAUGGUUAGAGUCACUGGGGACAGGCCACAUUUCUUUAGCCUUUUGAGGACACCGGUGUGCCUUCUUGGCUGUAGCAUCUACAUAGCUGGUCCAGGACAAAUUAUUCACAAUAUUUAAACCCAGGAGCUCAAAGCUCUCAGCUAUCUGCACCUCACAGCCCAUUGAUACUAACAGGGAUGUGUACUGCAUCCAGUUUCCUGAAGUUAUUGACCAGCUCCUUCAUUCAUUUUGUGGAUAUUGAUGGAAAGGGUCUUGACUUGACAUCAUGCCACUAGGCUUUCUAUCUUCCUCCUGUACUCUGUCUCUUCAUGGUUUGAGAUAUGCCAACUAUGGUGGUGUCACCUGCAAAUUUGUAUCUGGUCAGAGCAGAACCCAGCCACACAGUCUUGAAUGUAUGGGUAAUAAGGGCUGAAGGUACAGUUCCGUGGGGCAGUGGUGUUGAGGAUAACUGUGGAGGAGGUGUUACUGCCUAUCUGCUGAUCAUGGUCUGCUGGUCAAGAAGUCAAGGAUCCAUUUGCAGAGGAAGGAUACAGAGUCUUAGAUCUGAGUUUUGAGAUUACCUUGUUUGGAGUUGUUUGGAGCUACAGUCAAUAAAAAUGAAUCUGACAUGGGUGUCUUUGUUAUUGAGAUGUUCAAGAGAUCAGAGUAGGGCUAGGGAGAUGGUGUUCAUGUGUUCAGUAGUGGGUCGAGGUUAGAUGGGAGGGUGAAGGUGACAUGUGCCAUGAAGCCUUUUGUAGCAUCUCAUGAUGGAAGGUGUCCAACCCACUGGGCGGUGGUUAUCAGGGUGUGUUACCUUAUUCUGCUUUGACAGAAUAGUGGUCUUCUUAAAGGGGGUCAGAAACACAGACAGGAGUAGGGAAAAGUUAAAGGUGGCUGCGAAUACUUCCAACAGUUGGUCCGCACAGGAUCUGAGGACACAGCCGGGGACUCCAUCUGUUUUAAGUUGGUUUUAGAGCCCAUAAUGGAAGCGGGGGGGGGGGGGGAACACAGAUAGCUGUCCGGUGGUGUAGUGGCAUCUGCACCAGACUUCAAGGUGAGUGGCCUCGGUUCGAAUCCGGCUGGCUCCUUGCAUGCUUUCCAGCCCUGCAGGGUUGAGCAUCGAGCUAGCAACUUGGUCUCGUAAAAAAUAAUAGACAAAUGUCAAAGAAAGAGCAAGGUUGCCACCCAAUGUACUAAAAAGUGGGGAGAGGAACAACAACAAACACAGAGAGGCAGAGGAAAAAGGAAUUCCAGGCUUUGGCAUGGCAACAGUAUGUAAUAUUACAGGGGUACAAGUUUGCUUUUGGAAUAUUGCAGGUGAGAUGAAGAAUGGAAUGGAAAUUGUAUUGAGAUCAUAAGGCAGGAGCGUUAUUAGGCCAUUCAGCCCAUUGAGACUGCUCCAUCAUUGCAUUAUGGCUGACCUAUUAUCCCAAUCUUCUGCCUUCUCCCCGUAACUUUAAUGCCCUAAUUAAUCAAGAACCUUCAUUGUACCCAAUGACUCGGCCUGCACAGCUGGCUGUGGCAAAGCAUUCCACAGAUUUACCACCCUCUGGCUAGAGAAAUUUCCCCUCAUCUCUGCUCUAAGUGGACGUCCCUCAAUCCUGAGGCUUGCGGAAUGGGGACGGUGAUUUGCGUCAUUUCAAAGCUUAAUUUGAGAAUUGCCCUAUUUUAAUAUCUAUCACCUUAAACACAAACUAUCAAUCACAAUGUUUCAAAUGAGGAGUUGCAUGAAUAUGAGGCAGACUGAAGGAGCAUCCAAUUGGCUUAUUAGGAUUCUUAUUUCCUGCUGUUAAAGUGAAAUUCACAAGAAGUCCAUCUGUGUGAUGUUCUCCAAGCAAUACUAUUGCUACAUUAACCUAGGCAUAUUCUGGAUAGCCUAUUGUAAAGCAUUGCUGCUACGAUUCCUCUGGAAAACACACCAAAAUAUAUAUAACACCUCAAAAUUCCUGAUCACAAAUUCAGAGCCUGUAAAGGAGCCAUGUAUGUUGUUCUCUUGAGCCUCCCUCUUUAGUCUUUUUGUUGGCAAAAUCUUCUUUGAAUAAUACCAGAUUCCAGCAGGACAUUGUCUUUUUCAUUCAUCUUCCUGGUCUAAAGAAAAACAUUUUUCAAAGUUCAAAGUAAAUUUAUUAUCAAAGUAUGUACGUCUCCAUAUCCUACCUAGAUAUUCAUUUUCCUACAGUAGGUACAAAGGAAUAUAAUGGAAUCAAUGAAAAACUACACACAAAGGCAGACAAACAACCAAUUUGCAGAAGAAGACAAACUGUGCAAAUACAAAUGAAUAUUAAUAAUCAGUAAUAUUGAGAACAUGAGUUGUAGAGAAAAUGUUUUCAUAUUUUUGGCAUUUUUAACCAACAUAUUACUACAUAAUAUAAAGUUAAAUUUAUGUAAUAGGGAGACAAAUUGCAAACCAACCCAAAAACAAUGAACCGGGGGAGGGUGUAGAGUGUAUAUUUAAAAGUAUAAAAUGUCAAGGAGUCAUUUUGCUGGAAAGGGAAGUGAGGAACAAAGUUAUGAACUUGUAAUAAUCCUUAGAGACUGUAAUGCAGGAUGCAAUUUAUAGCUUGUGUGAAGAACAACAGUGAACUUUCUUGCAGAGGAAUUGCCUGAAGCUGAGAAAGGAAACAGGUAUAAAAUGCAUCUCCAUGGACUUGCAGCUUGCUUAUAACAGUCAUGUUAAAUGUGAGAAUGAAUCAGCCAUUGGAAAUGUCUAAAUGCAAAAAUUUUAUUCAAAUCUGUAUGGUUUUACCCUGUUGUAAUGAAAAAAAACCCUCCAACCUUCUGAUGCCUAAUAAAGCAAACUA